AUGUCUGCUAGUGUCUCUGAUUCUCAGAUAAACAAUCUCUUUCAAAAAACGAAUGAACUGGAUCAAGAUCUACGGUUUAUGGCUCUAAGCGAUCUAUACAAGAUUAUCUCAGAAACUCCGUCGGUUUUCACGAAUUCUCCACGUUUAUCUAGCCAGUUGAUCACGGUGUUAAUUAAGGCUCUGAAAGAUGUUCAGUCAGAGAUCAAGAACCAGGCUGUCAAAUGUUUUAAACCACUAAUGCCAACCUUGAGUAGCGAGAAUGCCAUUCAAUUGGUUUUGAGUUUGGAUGUUAAACCGAAAAAGACCACUAUCACGUCCACCGUUUACACCAUGGCAAUGCACAACGUUUUAGAAAACUUGGUUGUUGAUCAGAAGACUGCGCAUACAAUUGUUUCCAAAUUGCUUCCUGGGUACCUGAAUUACAAAGAAGUUAUCUCAAAGAUUGACUAUAUUGAAAUCAUCUCUGAUUUAAUCAGAUAUUUAGGAAUUGCCAUGGACGAUUCAGAGAAAGAUAAGACUUGGCGAUUGUUGAUUGACGUUUGUUUCCAAAAUGACACAUUAAUUGCCAGGAAGGCAGUGGUAGCUCUGUGUUCCUUAAUUAAGGUGCUGAACACUAGUCAAGUCGAACAGGUAUUAGAGGGAAUUGAGGAGGCAUUCCAAUCUCAGAAUUCGAAAUCAACUUCAUAUGCAGAUUUGCCCUCUCAAUCCACUAGACUUGCGCUAUUAUCUGGUUUUUUCAAAGUUGAUUCCUUGAAAUUGCACCCAUUCAUCAAUCGAAUCGUAGAGGUUAUCAUCUCGGAGCUACAAAUAGAUAAGUUGAGCAAAGUUGAUGACGAUUAUGACAAGCAGAUUUCUACGGAUCAAGUUCGAUCAGAGGCAUUAGUUGCUCUUUCAGUCGUUGUUUCCAAUACUACAUAUGAACAAAUCAGUCUUCACAUCUCUGAAAUUAUCAAUUAUUGCCGUUUAUUUUUAUCAUACAACCCAUUGGCUAUUGAGGAUGAUGAUGAUUACCAAAUGGACAAUGACGUUGAUGCUGAUGAUUAUGCUGACUUUUCAGAUGAUGAUGAAGAAUUAAAUCAAUCUGACGAUGAUACCGAUGAUAUUUCUUGGAAAUUGAGAAGGGAUUCGGCUAGACUAAUAAGAACCAUCUUAAAACAUCAACCUUCAACUCUUUUGACGAUUUACCAAGUUGUAUUUGAUUCCCUUAUAAAUCAGCUGGAUGACUCUAUUGAUUCCGUUGUUGAUGAAUGUUUGAUUACUUUAACAACAAUUAUUGAGUUCACUUCGUUGGACAGUCAAUAUUACAACAUUGACAACUACCGGCCAACUGAUUCUGACUCUCAGGAAGCUGAAUCCCCACUCCUGCUGUUAACGAAAGCACUUCCAAAAUUGAGUGAUAGAAUUAGUGCCAUUCUAACUCCGAAGCAUAGGUCGGAAACCAACUUGUUCUUGAAAUUUUUCAGCUCUUUGUUUGAUGUCACUGAUGGAUUGGGGGCUCAGGUAGGUCCAAUUCUUGGCAAACUUGAAGUGCUAACCGAUUUGAAUAAUACAAUUAACCUUGACUUGCUGAACUUUUACGCAUCUCUUUUAAAGAAUAACAGGUUGACUGAUUUUGAAGAUUACUUACCAAAGAUUUUGACUAAUAUCCAGUUUGCAAUUUCGAGUCAUGAUUCCACUUUGGAGGGCCUGAACGCCUUCGAUGCAUUUUUACAGGCAUAUGUCCAAGUGACUCCUAGUAAUGUAUCUUUGGAGGAGUUAGAAGAACUUAUUUGCUCCAAGGCAUUGACUAAGAAUCUGUCUAGUGAAAUCCGCCAACGUUCUUUGAUGGUCUUGACCAAUUACAUUGUCAUAGUUAAAGUAUCUGAGGAUCAUUUUUUAAAAAUUGUGAAAGUCUACUCGGAAUGCUUACAUUUUGAAUCCUUGUCGAUGUGCUGUAUCUUUAAUAUUGGGAAGGCAGUUGAACAAUCAUAUGCCAACGACUCCUUUUCUCCCAUCUUGGGUCAACAACUAGCAGAACCAGUUUUGAACUUAAUCACACGAAGUGAAUUUAGGUCUGCAGUUUUGACCACACUGCUGCAGUUUUCAAAAAGUAAAACAAUUGAGCUCUCUCAGGAUACAAAGCUGAAUAUAAUCAACAGUCUGAGAAGAGUCAGCAAAACUGAAUACAGCAACUUCUCCAAGAAGCAGCACGCCAACUUGGUAGAUAUCAUCACGCAUUUGCUUGAAAACACUGAUAUUGAUUCCGAUAUCGCACAAACCCUUUCGGAAAUCAUUAUUCAAUAUUCUGAUUCCGACCUCAUUGACCCAGUGUUAAUUGUGAGAUUAACAAAAGAUACAACCGAGAAAAUAUUCAAUACCCGGGAGUUUUUCCAGCAUCUCAAUUCGAAGGUUGGGAAGGAGAGUAAACAUGGAGCUAGAAUAAUUGCCACAGUGUCUUGCUAUAUUUCUGAUGAUGACUCAUUGAUUAACCAAAACUUGGAAAAUUUGAACUCACAGUUAGAUUUACUAUAUUCUGUUCAGUUCCUUACCCAAAUUAUUCGCAACAGAGGUCAAAAGUUCAAGGUUCCCCUUGAGGUUUUCUUGCAACAACUUGACAAUGAAGAUGUGGCAAUCAGACAAAGUGCAACUGAAGCUUUGGGAGUUUUGGUGAAGUACCACAUAAAUGAAUAUUUGCCAGUCGUGUUGGAGCAACUGCUGAAGGUAGAUUCAAAACUCAGGCCUCUCUAUCUUGAAUCUUUGGUAAUUGUUUCAGAAUCUGUUGACAAAAAGCAUGCUAAUGACAUUUGGGAUACUGUAUUCCAGUUACUUGCCAAUAUUGAGGAUGACUCCGAGUUUGAAGAGAAUACCUGCACCAUAGCCUCAAAGGUACUGUUCAACAUUGGUCACACAUAUCAUGAAAGAUUGAUGACUCUGGCCGACAAACUGGCAAUGAGUGAACUUAUUCAUACCAAGUACACUACAGCAACUUUGAUAAAGCAAUUUUACAGUGAUGAAUUAUUGAUCAAGAUCCAUUCGGGGUUAUUCCGAGACUUGCUUGGCCGCUGUUCGUUAAUGGUGUUCAAUAACAACUUGCAUUUGAAACAGAUAUCCGUGAAUCUUCUGGUUUCUGCAUUACAUAGUGCCCCAUUCAUAGCAUUACAAAUUGUUGCAAAGGUUUUGGGGAACAUAAUCGACAAGGAAUUAUUACCCAAGAGGGAAUACAUCAAGGUAAUUCAAAUUGGACCAUUCAAGCAUAAAAUUGACAAUGGACUGGAACUACGAAAGUCUGUGUACGAAAUGAUCUACAACCUGUUACUGUCUGUUGAACAUAGCAACCGAUUUGUUUCUGUUGAGUACAUAAUUAAUUAUGAGGACAUCAUGAUGAGUUUGAUCAACAAAGGAUUCAGGGAUGAUAAUGCUAUUGUUCUACUCAGCAGCAUCAUCUUAUCAAAGCUUGUUACCAUCAAACCUGGGUUGUUGUCGACGGGAGAUAUUUUGUCCUCGCUCAUUGCUUCUUUCAACAAAAUACUAUCCAAACAGCUAAAAGAGACGGCGACUAAACAACAAGUGGAGAACCAGCAAGAAGCUAUUAAGGCAGUUAUUCGAAGUUCGAAGAAGAUUGAUCGGGAUAUUGUUAGCAAUAGGAGUUUCCACAACGAAACUGGCCUUAAUACGGUUCAGCUCUCUGAUUGGCAAAACUAUAUAAAGGAGAUGAAGACCAAUUUCCCUUCCUACUAUGCAGAGGUUUACGAAUAG